AUGACCAAAGAACUUCUGCGCUGGGAGGACAGUCCUGGUCUCGAGCACCACUGUCCCAAGUGCCAGACACCGCUGAACAAUCCCAGAGCGAAGCAUACCUGCUACUUCAAACACGUUGAAAUCUGCCCACUGUUUCACCAACACUUUUUUAUGAUUGAUCUUUUGAAAGGCCAAGCCCACAAUUGUGAUACUUGUCGCCGUUUCAACGGAGCUCACGACCAGCGCCACAGAGCUCUGGCUAUGCUCCUCCGCGAGUUCAGACAGUUGCAAAAAGAUCACGGCAUCGAGCCCAGCGCCUGCCCUUCUUUGCCAUGUUCUAUCUUCACACCUACUGAAGAAAGAGCAUCCGACCCCUGGUCUGCCGACACCGAGCCAGAGGCAACCCCAAAGCUCAACAAGCGUGAGCGCAAGAAGGCGAAGAAGCGCAUAAAAGCUCUGAAAGGAGGCGAUGCCCUCACAACCUCCGAAAUCGCCGCCCUCAGUGCAGCUCUUCACCCUCCUGUCCGCAACGACAGUGCAUCUUCGGCUUCAUCCACCGAUACCGCAGCCACUGAGAGCAGUGCCAGCAACAGCACUCAGAGUACCGACAAUGACGACUUUUCGCUCUACCCCCCUACCCCCACCUCACCUACCUCUCCCACCACUCCACUCACUCCCACCACCCCCCUCACCUCCAACACCUCGUUCACCGACCUGAUGAACGCCAACAAAGCGUUCCACCCGGACGUGAACGGAAAACUCAACUCCACCCGCAUGGCCCUCCAGCACAAACUCAUCGGCAUCAUAGACGAAGCAACCGCUCCCCUGGAAGUCUCCGUCGACAACGCCAUGCGUGCCCUCAACAUCUCCGAGACCGAUCACAGAAUGCCAAAGCCUAUCGUGGAGAUGGUGGCAAAGAUCAGAGAGGCAGUCAAAGAGGACAUCUUUUGUGCCGACAGUGAUCAGAAGAAGUUUCGCCUCAGACAGGCUGGCUGGUAUCGCUUUGUCAACAGAAGUGUGUUGGCGCUGAGAGAGGAGUAA